AUGUGGUCCUGUGCUGGAUGCCUCCAAUUGGAAGCUAAAUUGAUUGCCGGUGAAGUGGUUGCAAGCACAGAAUAUGAUGAGAUUCUGCGAACAGCCAAUGAACGUCUCGCAUCUUCGGAACUACGUAUUGAACAACUAGAGGAUGAGCUGAUGAAUCUCAGGAACCAGCGGUCAGGGCAUGAUAAAAUUGACAACAACAACGAAAACUACAUACACAUCGGUGUGCAGUGUGACAAUCAUUUGCAGAAUGCACAAAGUCGAUCCGUGGAAACUUUGACGGAAUACACACAAGGAUCCCAAUUCGUCCAAACAGUGUUCUACGAAUUGCGUUUGACCACCAGGCGUUGGAAUUUCUCCUUUGGCAGUGAUUUUCCACGGGUUCGGUUUGCUCGUUUCCAUUGGCUACUGUUAUUCCUGAUGAUGUUCUCGCUCACUCCUUCCUUGGAGUGGGGUUUGACGUUGGAAUUGCGACGUUAUUCGAAAUUGUCCGCAGAUGCCGCCUGUAUUUGUUUGGCAUUGGCCCAACGCCUGUCGUCUUUAAAUCAUCGUGGCGUACCGGAUGGAGAGCAGUCCAUGGAAUCCACCGACGACUUCAAUCAACUGUUGACCGCACUUUCUGGCCAUCCAUCAGAAAGCGAUCCGGAUGAUGCUAACAUGUACCGUUCUGGAUACAAAAUUUUAGCACUCGGGGAUCAUCCGAACAAGGAUGUGGAGAUUGAAGAAUUACGAAAUCGAUUAUCCACCGCUUUGCAAUUGUUGGCCGAACAGCUACCUGUGGACACACGCAAAGCUCUGGCCGAUACAACUCAGCUGGUUGAGACAGAACGCUUACAACUUCAGGCUGAACUUGAACGCCGAAUGGUAUUGUUCGAACAGAAUCACACCUCUUCGUUGACUGAACUGGAGACCAGUCGUCGAGCUCUUGUGGAACAAUUGGCUUCGUCAGAGGCUGCCAACGUUCAGCUACGCACCGAAUUGGCCGUGCUGACACAAAAGUUUCAAGCCAAAGUUGACUCCACAAACCGUGGCUAUGUUUAUCGUGCAUUUGAUGUCGGAUUAGAUGUGCGCACAUUGGACACGUUUGUGGAUUCUGUCAUUGUACUUCUGAUUUGUUUCAGCGAACAAAGAUGGAACUGUAUGAUUUCUCCAACUCAUCAUUUGAGUACAUUUUAUAUCCUUGCUCACAUCAAACAGGAACGUUUUCUCGAGGAACAAACGGACGAACGGGAAUUGGAGCGGGAGGAAUUUCGUGCAGAAGUUGCUCGUUUGGAAACCCAAUUGCAACAAGUGAAGGCUCAGUUACUCACUUCCCAACUGGUCAGCGGCAGUUUGGAUCAGAAAGACCCAACACCGAGUCCUCUUAGUCCAAGUCCUGCCUGGGAACUUUUCCAAACUAACCCCUCAAUCCCCGAUAAACAAACUGGUACGCCGAGCCACAUGGACCNAUGGACCCCAGAUCAUGAUCAAGAUGAGGUGGACCUAAAUGAUACCGUUUCUGGUUCUCCGGUUGUUCCAUCCAAGCAGAAAAGAGUGCCACCUCCAUCUGUGGAGCAUCAAGCGGAAUGGUUCGUACCUAGCAUGGCUUCCCUGAUGGUAAACAACAGUAAUGCCAUGAUCCUGGACGAUUUGGAGCCGGAAUCUUCCUGCGACGAUCUGCCGCGUACACCGCAGAGGGCUUUACAUGUACCCACCGUAGCUACGGGGACUGCGGAUGCACAGAAAGGAGCUGACCAGAAAGAAGUGCAGACUUAUAUCACUCUUCUGGAUGCAUAUUCUCAAACCGAGGAGUUGGUUGCUAAAGAACCGAAGCUUGAAAGUGAACCGCGUCAGUUUUUUGAGAUUGGAAUCCAAACAGGAACCGGACACAGUACAAUGAUUGACGAUGUGAGUGACAAUAUGCCUACCACGGUAACCAAGAAAACGACACGUACAACUACACAAACGUUGAACGGUCUCGCCGCGGCGGCUUUGAUUCAGCGUGUUGCCUGUACCACCGAGGAAUUUACCACUGUUGAGAGCUCGAAUGGGAAGAGUUCUAAACCAACCAUGACUGUGGUAGAGACUGUGAUAUCUAGCACAACUAAUGCCAGCCCAUCCACUGAGUUAUUGGAACUGUCCAGUCUGCUUAUGAAGAGGGAAGCUGAAAUGACUGCACUACGCACGGAAUUGGCACAACUCAAAUCGAUGGGAACAGAUGCUUGGAAGAAGGUGCUGCCCAUGAUCCAUCGGAUGAAGGCAUCUGAUCAACAAGCAACCGAUGAUGCACACUCUGAGUCGCUCAAAUUUCGGCGUUCAUGGUCGACACCAAGUAUCACCUCACAAUCGAUUGGUUCCACUGCGGGUGAUACUGGAGUGGAAAUGUCCCGUGGAAUGACCAUGAUUGAAAGUAUAGAAUCUGCCGGAGUGUUGGACGAACUGGAUUCGGAGACGUCAGUUCCCCCACCGAAUUUCGGGUCAGAACAACUCACUGUCCUCAUCCCUGAUAUCUCUGCGGAAACUCGGUCCGGAGAGCAGCCGAAAUCACUCGUGAUAAGUACCACUAAAACCGGGAUCGAGAUGAAAGGAUCGAGCAAUGACGAGACCAGGUCUCAUGAGACAACCGUGAUUUCGGCUGCAGGAACUGAUAGUAAUGAGGAAGGGGCUACUUGGUCAGCUGUAACCUCGUUAGAUCAAACUCCGGGCAAAGAGUGUGAACCACGAUGCGGGUUUACCAACAUGUCUGUGCGUCCCACUGUAGUUGAUACAGUUUAUCUAGGACCCACUCCUCAAAUCGAACGUCAGGACGCCGAGUGUGACACGACCGAUUUAGGACUUGAAUUGAUUUCCGCAUCCGAGUUGGAAGAUCUAAUCGGGCAAAAAGAAGCCUCGGAAGUAGUGAUAUCCACAAUGCGUGCCGAGAUUGACAGCUUAGUCAAAUAUCAGAAUGAGUUACAGGCGGAUUACAAUACGGUCCAGUCGAUGUUGGAUGAUCGACAGGCGGAAGUGGAUCGACACACUCGCGACAUCUUGCUGUUGCAGGAGCGCUGCUUGACGCUUGAUCGUCAAGUAAAUGAGCGAAAAAAUGUUAUCCUUGAACGCGAUGAGGAUUUAUUUCUACUCACAGAAGAAAAGGUAUGUUUGCCUCUUUAUUAG